UUCAUGAUCCCCAACCAAGUCGAUUGGCCACGACCGGUCGCUGUUCCCAUGCACAACAAGCAUAGCGAUGUGCUUGGAUCAAGACACCAACGACUGUUCAGUGCAUUCCGGAACUACGACCAAAAUGGACCACCUUCGAACGCGUUGGAACCGCUGCAAGUCGCGCGUCACCGCCUACUACCGCGCCCUGACCAGGGACUUUAAUUAUUCAACGGAUUUCUUCUUCGGACUGGACUUUCUGCUGGCGAUCGCGGGUGCUCGAUUCAACUCGGAAAAUGCGAAACUUCUGCGCUGCUGGAAAGUCUACCGGUGGACGGUCUAUUUUCCUGCGCUUGUGACGCUUUGGAACAUGGUUCUUAACGUUCAACAGGGUGCCAAGUUGGAAAUUCUACUGAGUUGCAUGCAAGGAAUGAUCGGGAGUAGUUCCUCGGCUCUGCGCGUGGUGCUCAUCCUUUGGCACUACGAAACGCUGAUGGAGGCUCGAAGAUACGUCAAUCGACGCUGCUUCGGCAGACAUCUUGAACGUUCGCUGGGCAUUCGAAGUGCUGCGUUUUAUCACAUUCGGAAAAUUGUGAUUCCUACGGUCGCAAUCAUCCUGAUCGUGGUCACAAGUAUCCUGGCAAUCGAUUUUUCCGAUCAUCAUUACAUGAAGUCUCCAGUGGACAUCAAGCAAACACUGCCGAUUUUCCAAAAAGCUUACAAAUUGUUUUUUUGUUUCACAUUGGUUGGGUUGGCACUUAUGACCGUUCUUGUGUUUCUGGUUUCCUACAUGGUCCUGACCGGACUAAUCGGUGAACUGAGAGUGAUCGCUCAGAUGUAUGCAGUCGUCUUUGAAGAAACCCAAAAGCGAGUUCAGGGAAGGCUCGAAUUGGAACCGGGAAGCUCUCGUCAGCAAGAUGCGAUGAAAAAGCACUACUUCUGGAAGUUCGUCCAGGAAGAGUUUGGGGAGUGCAUUGCGUUGCAUGCCGAGUUUCUGGCAAUGAAGAACAAAAUUCGACCAUUUUUGAACGCAACCUUCCUCAUCGUUUACUUUUCAACGGUGUUUAGUCUGGCCUGUGGAGCCAUUUACGUUACGCAGAUGAAAACCGUUACGCUGUUCUCGCUGGAAUCGCUGUACUACUGUCUUUGGGUUGCCAUCGAAUGUGCCUUUUUGACGAAAACGGUGAGCCUGCUGACUGAGGCGAACGAAUCCAUCGGCUUGGAAGUGUACAACCUGGAUUGGCCCGAGAAGCUCGAAUGGAAUGACAAGCACCAAGAGGAGUACCGCUCCGUUCGGGCGACGAUGAUGAAUGUGAUGACCGUGGCGCAGCAACCGCUGCGUUUGAACUGCUUUGGCUUCUUCGAGUUCACCCAGGAUCGGUUCUACGAGCUGCUCAACAUGGCCUACUCGAUGUACACCUUUUUGCGGAACUUUGUUUAAGGGCUGUUUGAAGUUUAAAAGUGUCCUAACAUUGAAAGUUUAAAAUUUCGAGCCCAUGAUCAUCCACUUUGAAAGCGGACAGCGUAACUAUUCGGCCAA